UAGACACCAACGGGGAGGGGGGCGCAGGAGAAGGCGUGACUGAUGGGGGUGGAGGUUUAAUGCCCAUCUUUUCUCUUAGUGCUGUUCCGAAGGGAUGGACUUACUUUUAAGAAGAAGGAGCGCCAACUGGAGUUAGAAAGGGGGCUUGUCCUGGGACGGACAAAGCUUUGUCAAGCCUGGUGUUGGGGCUCUGACCUAUUGAUACCAUGGCUACAAGUGCUGUUCCAAGUGAAAACCUUCCUACAUACAAGUUGGUGGUGGUUGGAGAUGGAGGCGUGGGGAAGAGUGCCCUCACCAUUCAAUUUUUCCAGAAGAUCUUUGUGCCAGACUAUGAUCCAACCAUUGAAGAUUCUUAUCUGAAGCACACAGAAAUAGAUGGGCAGUGGGCCAUUUUGGAUGUCCUGGACACUGCAGGCCAGGAAGAAUUCAGCGCAAUGAGGGAGCAGUAUAUGAGGACAGGAGAUGGGUUCCUUAUAGUUUAUUCAGUCACAGACAAAGCCAGCUUUGAGCAUGUGGACAGGUUCCACCAACUCAUCCUCCGAGUCAAAGACAGAGAAUCUUUUCCAAUGAUCCUGGUGGCCAACAAAGUUGAUCUAAUGCAUUUGCGAAAAAUCGCCCGGGAGCAAGGAAAGGAAAUGGCAGCAAAGCAUAAUAUUCCAUAUAUAGAAACCAGUGCUAAGGACCCCCCGUUGAAUGUUGACAAAGCCUUCCAUGAUCUUGUUCGAGUAAUCAGGCAACAAGUCCCAGAGAAGAGCCAGAAGAAAAAGAAAAAGACCAAGUGGCGAGGGGACAGAGCAACCAGUUCCCACAAACUGCAGUGUGUGAUUUUGUGACUGUCUCUUCAGUGUUUCUCUCUUCCCAUUUCUACUUGAACCUAAUUUGAAACUAAAAGAAGAAAUCAACCCUUGAAGCGCUGUACCACCUAACUGCAAUAUAAUGUUUCAAGAACGGCAACCCUUGCACUGAAGGACUCAACAGGGAUCAGAGCCUCAAAGGCAUUUUUGAAGCUCAGCCAAGAGACUGCUUGGCAAAGGUGCUUUUUAAAAAGCACCCAAAAAGUAGGAGGCAAACUACUAGAACUGAAGUAUCUCUCUUUAUUUCAUAAUGGAGGCACAAAGUUCUGGUUAUACUUGCACACAUUUCUGGGUAUGGUCCAUUUCUGUACAGUCAUUAAUGAUUCCAUUUUGUACAGUUGGUGGGGGCUAGUGACGGUCAGAACUUCCUUGCUCAGCAAGCGUGGAGCGAGAAAGAAAUAGAAUGGAUUUGUGUUUUCUUGCACUGUACACUCCCAGAAAUACUCGGCAAUGCAGCCAAACUACAACUUCAUAUGAAAUUGCAAGAUUUGAAGGAAGAAAAUGAAUUCCAGCUGCUCUGAAGAAUGCCAGACAUUGUGUCAGAUCCUGGAGAGUAGCCAGCUCUCAGUCUGUAAAACGCCAGCAAAGAGGAUGGAGGGAUCUGGUUGGUUUAUUUGUUGUCCUUGUCCUUGUUGUUAAUCCCAAUUUGUGUGUGUGUGUUUUUGUUAGCAUGUCAAGGCUGCAAUGAAGUAAGAAUGGAGAGAGGCAGCCAUUUUGCUAAUCCUGAAAAUAUUUAAAUGAAAACAUUAUUUACAAAAUAAAGAAUAAGAGCAUUUUUUUAGAGGGAAA